GAGGUGAAGAAGUGCUUCACUGCUGCAAGGGCAAACCAGAAACGAAUCAUUGGUGUCGAAUAUGGUGGAGAAUGUUUUACUUCCCGUUCCGGAUAUGGCACAUAUAACAAAUAUGGCUUGUCAACUAACUGUACAGGAUACUAUAAGGACUCGGUCGAUACUGGAGGACCAUGGGCAUUGAGUGUCUAUGCAAUAACGAGUUAUCCACUGCGUUACAGUGUAACACGUAACAAGUGCAACGAUGCCAAAAAUGGAGAACUCACUGCAUCUACAUUUCAAGAAUGCAAAACUAAUUGCGACUUGUCUGGUUUCUGUGGUGCAUUUGAGUUUGAACCCGGAAAACAGGACUGUAAAUACUUUGGAGAUAUAUG